AUGGCGGGCUGGCGGCGGGCACUCCUGCGCACCGCCCGGCGCUACCCUUGGCCCACGAACGAGCUGCUCUAUGCCCCACUAUUCUCAGCCAGUGAUGCGCUGCAGCAGCAGCUGCGGGGCAGCCCUGCCAACCGGCGGCAGACGCAGCGCAUGGCCACUGUGACCAUGGCCUUCCACGUGAACUUCAAGUAUGUGUGGCUGUGCCUGCUGGAGUGCGUAAUCGUCCUGGCCAAGGUGCUGUGCGACCAGGCGCUCGGCGGGCUGGUGUACGUCUCUGCCUUCUACCUCGGUAUGAGUAUUCUCCAGCAAAAGGUUGACAUAUUUUUGGACCUGAGACAGAAAUUCUGGAAUACAUAUAAGAGUGGUCUGAUGUACCGGCCUUUUGUACAGCUGUUCCGUCUUAAGCUGGGCACAGUCCAGACCUUUACCUACUUUGGCCCCAGGCCCAUAUAA